AUGGCGGGACACCACGAUCCCAAGCUACUCUUCGCCAUCAAGAAUAUCAAGGCCUACCAUAUCGAAGAUGGGAAAGAGUCCGAUCUCACGCCGUCCGGUGGACAAACAUUGUCCUUGCUUAUGGUCCCGACGAGCUCGCCGUUCGCAGACCUGAGCACAACCAUCCCUCAGAACGAGGCACCCGAUGAGGACUUUUACCUCCACCUGAAUCUGCCACCAGAGCUCGAUCUCCCUCUACCAGCUACCACCCAAGUCUACCACCAACCGCCAUCAAGCUACUUGAUACCCCGAUGGGACCGCGCCGCUGAGGCGGGUGCGUUCACCAGGAUUGAAUUCCCGAGGAUUGGAUAUGGCAUUACGCAAGACGACGUCGAUACCUUUGAGACAAUCCUUGCACAAUGCACAGCGUUCCUGGAGCGUGCACGAGCUCCUGUCCCGACAUACGCGGGCGAGAAGAGUGCAUACAACCCGUCUGAUUACGCGCCGGGUGGGAGGUUUGCCACAGACAGCAAGACCGGCAAACAGCAUGGAGAGAUCGUGCUAAUAGACGAGGACAAUGGUUCAGUCGUCGGUGAGCUGGAUGCUGGAGCUCUCGUUGUUGAGCACCCUUCGCUCCUGGCUGGCUCAAAAGAUCCCGUCGAGGUUCAAGUCAGCGCAGACGGUAAACGCAUCGACGUUCGCCCCAUCUCCGAGGACUACUUGCGCAUGGCGAAACAUCCAGCCUACAAGGACAGUAGCAUCGUCCAAAACGCUGCAGUUGCCUCGCGUUUGAUCGUCACGGGGAGUUCAUAUAUCGGAAACAUCCUUACGAGCGGAGCGGAAAAUUUCUCCAAGACGACCAAGCCGGCUGCUAAGCCUAUGGAAUUCUCACCUGCCACACACGCUCGUGUCCGCAAGAUUAACACGUUCACUACUAACGCAGCACAACUUUCGAGCAAGACGGUGGGCCAAGCAACAUCGAUCGCGCAGAACAUCGCCGCACGUGCCGCGGGACAUAAGAAAAACCGCCCGGCGAAAGGCUUUGAUGAGAAGGGAAACCCACUUGAGGACGAUUCCUAUAAGCCAGGUUUCUUGAACAAAUCCAUGAUUGCUUUCAGCACUGUCCUCGAUGGUGUGGCUACCAGCGGCAGACAUCUCCUUGAGACAUCUGGCGCUGCUGCAAGCCACGUUGUCGGCCACCGCUAUGGCGACGAAGCAGGUUCCGUCGCAGCUAAUCUUGCGGGCGGAGUGAAGAACGUCGGCCUUGUGUACAUCGAUGUGACGGGUGUGUCACGUCGCGCAGUGAUCAAAUCGGUUGCCAAGGGUAUGGUUGUGGGUCGUGUCCGAGGUGGCGGUGAUGUAGUGGUUGGAGGCGGCGAUGGCGGUGUUAUCCCAGAUGAAGACAUUAAGAAGGCUGCGAGCGCAACAGGCUCGUCGAGCACACAGGGUGGAUUCCACCCUUCUAGCGACCCGUAUGAACCCGUCGGUUUUGGCUCUGGAGCUCCGCCAAAGUACCAGGAAUUUGGACAAAAGAACUGA